CGGUGACUUUCAUAUAAACAACAACAAAAAAAGCCAUGCCUAUUAAUCAUCAAGAUGAUUUCUCUGACACAAUGAAAAUCCGGCCAUUAUGUGCAGACGUUACUGGCAGAGCUGAGGAAAGAAUACUGGGUCAUUGACAGGACUUGCCCAGUCCUACAGAGCCGCACCUCUGUAACUUCCAGUUCUUUGGUGUCUGGGACAGAAAUGCAGCUGUUAACCUGUAACUUCCGAAUCCGUGCCCUAAGCAGCAGUAGGCAGCAGCGCUCACCCUGGGGGUGACGUUGGGGCCCAUGCUGGGUCCGGAACUGACCCGACAUGAAGCCUCCUUCUGUCUUUCUAGCCCACGUUCAUCGGAUACGCUGACUCUGAACCAGGAAGGGGCCAAGAAUUAUAGUCAUGCUCCCUUGAUGGGUGAGUUGUUUGAGGUCCAUUCAUGUACCGUAAAAAAAUGGAGCGCCAGUCGACGGGGCAGCGUUCCGCACUCGGGACACGGCAGCGAGAAGGAUGUGGAGGACCUGGUUCCUGACGGUGAGGAGCAUGGGGAGGAGCCGAGACGGCAGAAGGGGCCGAGCCUGGCUGGUGAGAGAGGCAGGGAGGUGCUCAGUGGAGUGGUCAGAGGGGGUCUUUCUGAGGAGGUGACACAGCGCCCGAAGGAAGCAAGGUCCGGGCACAGGACGUCUGGGAGGAAAAGUGUCUCUGCCAAAGGGAAGAGCAAGCACCAAGCCCCGGGGUGGGGAAGCCCUGGAGCAGCUGAGGCAUGGAGGAGAAGCUGGUGUGGCCGGAGUGGAGGCUGGGAGAGGGGACGCGAGAAAGGCAGGGCACGGUGUGUGCAAGUUGUCAUAACGCUUCUCUGCCUUCUCUCGUCCCACGUCCUGCAAACCCAGUCUACGCUCAAGGUCCACCUCUUUUGUUCUGUUUUGUUUUUUUGAAGCAGGGUCUUGUUGUAGAGUUCAGCCUGGCCUCGAACUUACUGUGUAGCCGCCCGUUUGUGGCGAUCCUCCUGCCUCAGUCUCCCGUGUGCUGUGAUGUGAUUACAGGCCUGCUCCAACAUGCCGGGCUGAGGUCCACCUCUUUUAAGAUGCCUCCCCGAAUCUGGACCCUGGGAGGUUUCCAGCCUGCGGCUCUCAGGCAUGUGGUUAUAUGCCUAAGGCUGGUCCUAUCAGCAAAAUCCAAAGCUCCCUGAGGACAAGAACCAGGCAUUCAUUCUUGUAUCCUGAAGGGAUAGGCAUGCAGUAAACAUUCAAGGAAAACCUGUUUCACUGAGCAGCUCGUGUCCCAUAACAUAAACCAGGCUGGGCGUGAUGGCACAGACUUGUAGUCACAGCGCUUGGGUGACUGAGGAAGGAGAAUCUCAAAUUUGGGGACAGCUUGGGGAACAGAGAGAGUUCAAGAUUGGCCCGGACUACAGAGCAAGACCUUGUCUCAAAAAAAAGAACCCCAUUCAAAUGUAGAAUUGGCUUCUGUGGUAGUUUCCCUUUUGGGGAGGUGAUUUCAGGCAAGCUGCUUACCCUCCAGGAACUCAUGAUUCCUAUUGUUAAUAUGGAAUAGUAAGGACACCCAAGCGAAGUCGCUAUGAAGAUUAGUGUCCCCAGGAAACCUCGGGCUUUGUUUGAUCCCUUCUUGCCUAACUGGAGUCAGAGUGGAGUGUUUGGACCAAGCCCCAAACCACCAAGGAAGAUGUCACUUUGGCGGCCUGUUUUGUCUGGGCUGAGGCCUGGCCUUGCCUCUGUCACACACGCAGCCCCUCACUCCGUGUUGCCCAAAGCUAGGGAGGACUCUCAAAGGACUGCUAGGCCCCCAGGGAAUCCCGUGCCCGCUCCAGGGCUCCAGGGCACAGGGGCCCUGAACAGGGAUAGGGCUGUUCUCAGAGACUCCUGCGACCCUUCCAGGUCUGGUACCCAGUGAGCUGUUUAGGCGGCAGCCCAGGCAGGCGGCCUUGGGUGUCCGGUCAGGGCAGCCCAUGGCAAGGAGGGGAAGACAGAAAUGAAGGACAGAGGUAGCUCUGGCUCUGGGGGG